AUGGCCGACGCGUACUGGAGGUACGCGGCCGCCGACCCGCGCCAGCAGCAGCAGCAGCCGCCGCCGCCCUCCGCCGGCGGGGGCGUCGCGCACCCGGGCAUGGGCGGCGGCGCACCGCAGAUGGCCCCCGCCCUGGGGCAGCAGCAGCAGCCCAUGAAGCGACCCCGCCCCGCCGACUUCUCAGAUGUACCUGGUGCACCUGACAUGACUGGCUAUUAUCCACGUGAUGAAGAAAGGGCAGGGUAUCGUCCUGCUAGAGAUACCGAGGCUCUUAACGCGUCCUACGAACGUUUUCUUCGUACUGGGCAAAUUCAAUCCUUUGGUGGUGGACCUGCUGGAGAACCUAUUAGGCCUGCUGUGGGUGGCAAUGCUGGCUACCCAGUUGAUGAUCGUUCGAUGAUGGCUGCUAGGGGUAUGGAUAGCAGAAAUAUUGGUUUCGGUGGUGGAAUGCCAGAGCCACCCCUUCCACCUGAUGCCUCAAACACCUUAUAUAUUGAAGGCAUUCCAACUGGCUGUACACGUCGAGAAGUUUCACACAUCUUCCGACCAUUUGUUGGCUUUCGUGAGGUUAGGCUUGUAAACAAAGAACCGAAACAUCCUGGUGGUGACCCUAUUGUCCUGUGUUUUGUUGAUUUCGCGGAACCUACACAAUCUGCUAUUGCCAUGGAGGCUUUGCAAGGUGAAACUGAUGAACUUGACAUUCAUAGAUACUUUCUGAACUAUGUGAAGUUGACAUUAAGCCAUUGA